AAGAGUCCUCCACAGCGCUGAAGAUAGCUUCCUACAUCCUGAUAGGUGUUGGUGGUCUCUCCAUGUUGAUGGGCUUCCUGGGUUGCCUGGGGGCUAUCUAUGAGAUCCGCUGUCUGCUGGGCCUGUACUUCACCUGCCUGCUGCUGAUUCUGAUUGGUCAGGUGGCAGCCGGUGUACUCAUCUACUUCCAGAAGGACCUGCUAAAUAAGGAGAUGUCCAACAUCGUGACCCAGAUCCUGAGCAACUACCCUGGGAAGAACAGCACCACCGAGCAGGCCUGUGAUUACAUACAGAGGACGAUGGAGUGUUGUGGAUGGAGUGGUCGAAUGGACUGGCAUGGUAAUGCUGUCGUAGUGAACAGUUCCCAGCUGUUGUUCCCGUGUUCCUGUCAGAACGUGUCUCUGGUUGAGGGUAACUCCUCCUCCGACAGUGGUUUCUGUGAGGCGCAGUCACUUGAUUGGCCCGUCUACGACAGGGGCUGUAACUCCAGUGUAGAGAGCUGGCUGUUUGCCAACGUUGGAGUGAUCCUAGGGGUCUGCCUGGGAGUGGCUGUCAUCGAGCUCCUGGGUAUGAUCCUGUCCAUAGGGCUGUGUAAGAGCGUACACACUGAGGAUUACACCAAAGUGCCAAAGUACUGAAGAUGAUGACGACGGGGGACGCUAUGACACACACACACACACACACACACACACACACACACACACACACGUUCGGUGCAGAUGUUUAUUUGCUUUCAUUUUUUUUGUUUAAUUUUUGUUUUGUUUUUGUUAGUAUUUUUGGGGGGGAGGCACAUGUCUUUUCUCUCAGUCCAGUUUCCAUCGGAGCACUUUAGAGACUGUAGUUAUGGAUUAGAGAGGAAGACGAGAGCAGACCGGGUCACAGAGACAACAGGAAAGAGAGAUGUGGAGAAAGUGAGGACAGAGAAGACGAGGAUGUGGAAAGAGAUGGAGGGUCGUCUCCAAACCUCGGCAGAUGCAGUCUACCACAUCCUUGACUUCUGGGGAAAGAUCCAUUUUAUCAUCAGGAAUCAAUCAUGAUCGGCAUUGUUUGUCAGCUCUCACAGGGUCCAAUCCUAACUUCAGAUAUGCAUGGGUAACUUUCAUGAAUUGAAAAUGUAAAAAUUUGAGAUUUUCAAUUAGAGAAUUUAAUUAGGAGAUUUGUGAAAAUGUGAGUUUCGUUCACAGAUCUCAAGUUCGGUUAACGGUUGUUCUUGAGUUGACCUGACUAGAAGAGGAGGAGUUCGGGUUAUUGGACUCCUGGAAAAUAAACAACGUUUAUGUUUUUAUUUUCUGUUCUUCAGUGUUUUGAGGAGUUAUGCAUUUUUGUUUGUUAUAGUACCUUGUAUAUAAUUUAGUUUGGUAUUUCGUGAGCCUCUGAAUCUGUGAAGAUGUUUUUUGUUCAUUGCAUGUUUUCUUUUUCAUGUAUUUCAUUUUUUUUGUGCAGUUUUGAUGUUUUUCUUGAUAAUUUUGUUUAAAGUAAUAGGAAUAAUGAGAUACUAAAGAGGACCAAGAUUCUACUACUUUAAAGUAGGGGGGGGGGGGGCUUGGCCCGUAGGGAGGGGCUUCCCCAACUGGUGGCCCACAGGGGAUAUUAUUUGCUGCCCUACGUUUUCUAUAUAUAUGUACAUCUGUUCUAUAGUAUUCCCUCGCGUAACAGAGGGAUGUAUGUGACUCUAUACAAAUCUAAGCAAGCUUUGAAACGAUUAAGUUUAAGAUAAAUAUUAGAUCUAUUUGGUCUUCUUGAGGUCAAUUUUCAGUCUACAAAUGAUUUGUGUUCUGGCUCCUUGACCAUCCGCUCAAGAAACAAAUCAUCCCUGAAUCUAGUGAAUGACUGCUCUUAAAGGGGCUCUUAAAGGGGCUCUUAAAGGGGCUCUUAAAGGGGCUCCUAAAAGGGGCUCCUAAAGGGGCUCCUAAAAGGGGCUCCUAAAAGGGGCUCCUAAAAGGGGCUCCUAAAGGGGCUCUUAAAGGGGCUCUUAAAGGGGCUCUUAAAGGGGCUCUUAAAGGGGCUCUUAAAGGGGCUCUUAAAGGGGCUCUUAAUUAUCCUCCUAGUGAAUGACUGCUCUUAAAGGGGCUCUUAAAGGGGCUCUUAAAGGGGCUCUUAAAGGGGCUCUUAAAGGGGCUCUUAAAGGGGCUCUUAAAGGGGCUCUUAAUUAUCCUCCUAGUGAAUGACUGCUCUUAAAGGGGCUCUUAAUUAUCCCCCUCCCACAGUGGCAAAGAAAGUCUCUGUUUACAGUUGUCUUUUGAUGACAAACAGAAUACUUUGUUAUGAAUUUUAUGUUGAUUGUGGCAUCUUUUUGGGUUGUGACGUACUCUGAAGCUUUUCAUCCAAGUUUUUCCUUCAGAAGACAAACAUACGUGUUUCGUUAAGAAAUGAACCAUUUUGUUUUAACCCUGAUCAACAAAAAAAAAAUUGUUAUGUGACCUUUUUCUGUGAGUGAAGAGCAAAUUUAAAUAACAGAAGCUGGGUCCUGUUUUUUGUUUUGUUUUUUUAAGAGGAAAAACGUCUGUUUUUGUUCUUGAGAAAAUAUCCAUUUUGGACCAGAAAUUCUUUAUGUACAGUGAAUCAUUCAGAUUUAAAUUAAUGUAUAUUAUUAAACUUUGAAUUAAGGUUUUUGUUUUACAUAUAGGCUUUUCUUGUUUUGUUGUCUGAUUUGAUAACCUUUGACCUUGGCCUCAUUAUUUUUUUUUUUUACCGGUAGGACUAUUAAUUUAGAACUUGAUGAGCUUCUGUCUACUAGCUUGAUCAGUCGACGUAUACUCACCCCAUUGACUCUGUUUUUGAUUUGGUCAAUAAACAUGGAAUAAGACUGUC